AUGUUUAGACAAAAGAACAUUAUCAACCUCUAUGCACCAGAGAUUGUUGUUCCAAAUAAUGAUCUUGAAAAGCAAGUAUUGUCACUGAGAGAUAAAAAUGAAUUUCUUGAGAAUCAACAACAAAAAUUAAUUGAGGAGAUAAAAGAAUAUAAGAGGCAGAUUUUGCAUCAGCAACGUCUAAUAAAUGAAUCAAGCUCAAAGCGACAGAAUGAGUUUGUCCUGGAUGGAGCUCGAGUCAUGGGCAUAGAUGCAUCCAGCCAGAUUAUAGUAGCUUCUGGAAGGGCUCCUGGAGUUAGUGCUGAACAUGUCCUUACCAAGAUCUGCAUGUUCUCUAGACAGGAAACGAAAGUACGCCUUCCGCCUAACACUAAAGCUGUCAGGGAUAUUUGUAUAACUCCUGGGGGCCUUGCUAUUUUUGCAUCUCUUGGCAGGAAAUUGUCACUUCUCAGCAUGACAACCAACAAUGUUGUCCUUCAUUAUGAUCUACCGGCUCCAGGCUGGUCCUGUUCAGGGGAUCAAACUGGCCCCAACCACGUAUAUGCUGGAUUACAGAACGGCAUGCUUUUGGUCUUUGAUACCCGCCAAACUAAAGGACCACUGCACUCCUUGAGUGGUCUAUCUACAAACCCAGUUCAUACAAUCCACUCUGUCGUAGAUGAUAACGGUUCCACGAAUAUCAUCUCUGCUUCUUCCAUAGGACCCUGCAUUUGGGAUGUAGAUGGCAAUGAAAACAGGCCAAAUUUGCUUACCGGGAUGGAAAACCAAGGGGUCUGCAUAUCCCUUGCAUGUGCCGCUCCAUCAAGUGAUCUGAUUGUGGCUUCCUUCCGUCCAAGGGUCGAGUUUUCAGGCGACGGCAGUGCAUCUCAAAUGGGUAUAUCACAAUCACCAACGCUCUCCGGUUCUGGAAAGCUCGGGUGCCACGCUCUCCUGAGGAGGACGAGCAGCACAUCCUUCGUGAAAGAGCAGAUCUGCAAUGGCAACGUGAGUGAGCUGCGGAUGUCGAAGUCUGCAAUCAUACCCUGCAGCGGAACCGGCCAACACCUCUUUGCCUAUGGCGAUGAGUCACUGCGCGGAGUCCGCACAUGGCGGCUGCCUUCGUUUCAGCUGUUCGCUGAUCUCAGGCCGCACCACCAACCGAUCCUCGACCUGAGCAGAACCACCGGAAGACCCGCCGAGGAAAGGGCACACAGGGAGAAGGCCUUUCAACAGUCCGAAGCUGGACACACCAACACCACCGACCGCCAUCACAAAUCUCAUCAGCACAACCCGCCAGGAGGAGGACCUCAACUUACAUCUUCAUCUGACCAAGCAAGGAGAGCCUUGAACGUUGGCCGUCUGGUCGCCACCCAACAACACCCAGCAGAGGUAGAGGUGUCAUAUGGGAACGAGCCUGUGGUUUUGUUGUCGACAGGAAGGAAGGAAGGGAGGAAGGAAGCAGGGUCUGCUAGUGAUUUGUGCAACAACUGUAAGCGUCCAGGGCAUUUUGCUAGAGAUUGUCCAAAUGUGUCUGUCUGCCAUGCCUGUGGCCUUCCAGGGCACAUUGCAGCUGAGUGUUCUUCCAAAGAUCUCUGCUGGAACUGCAAAGAGCCUGGGCACAUGGCUAAUGCCUGCCCGAAUGAAGGGAUAUGCCGCAACUGUGGCAAAUCAGGUCACAUUGCAAAAGACUGCACUGCUCCGCCAAUGCUGCCUGGAGAAGUGAAGCUCUGCAACAACUGCUACAAACCAGGGCACAUUGCCGUGGAGUGCACCAAUGAGAAGGCCUGCAACAACUGUAGGAAGAGUGGCCAUCUUGCCCGUAACUGCACCAAUGAGCCUGUUUGCAAUCUCUGCCAUGUUGCAGGGCAUUUGGCCCGUCAAUGCCCCAAAUCCGACGAGAUCAACGAGAGGGGUGGGCCUCCUCCCUUCCGUGGCAGCGAUGCUCUGUUCCGUGGCGGCGAUGCUCUGUUCCGUGGUGGCGAUGCUCCCUUCCGCGGUGGUGAUGCUCCCUUCCGUGGUGGCGGUGGUGCUCUCUUCCAUGGUGGCUACAGUGACGUGGUCUGCCGGGCCUGCAACCAGGUUGGCCAUAUGAGCCGUGACUGCAUGGGUGGUGCUUUCAUGAUCUGCAACAACUGCGGUGGCCGUGGUCAUAUGGCUUACGAGUGUCCAUCUGGGAGGCUCCUGGACCGGUUCCCUCCACGCCGAUACUGA